ACACACACACACACACCUGUCUUUGGUUUGCGUCGACACUGAAUUACAACAGCGCCCUCUGUGGGCCGGCGGAGCUGUGGACACAAACGUUAGCUAAAGAUGGAGCCAGUGUUCAGUCCGCCGCUUCACAGGCAGAGACAUCAAUUUGUCAUCGAUUUUGUCAAAAGGAACAAACCCAAAAAGGUGGUGGACUUGGGGUGUAGUGAGUGCUGUCUCCUCAAAAAGCUUAAGUUUCACCGUGAAAUUGAACUUCUGGUCGGAGUGGACAUCAACGGCACCAAAGUGAAAAAAAAGAUGCAUGGAUUAGCUCCUUUAUCAACUGACUAUCUGCAGCCAAGUUACGAUCAGCUGCGCAUUGAGCUGUACCAGGGAUCAGUCACUCAGAGAGACGCCCGCCUCAAAGGAUUUGAUCUGGUGACCAGUAUAGAGCUCAUAGAGCACCUCACUGUUGCAGAUGUGGAGCGCUUCUCUGAGGUGGUGUUUGGUUACAUGGCGCCAGCGACAGUUAUCAUCAGCACCCCAAACUCAGAGUUCAACCCCCUUCUCCCUGGGCUUGCAGGUUUCAGGCACAGUGACCACAAGUUUGAGUGGACCAGAGCAGAGUUCAGAUCCUGGGCUGUGAAGGUGUGUUUGGAGUUCGGUUAUGAGGUGGAGUUCACUGGAGUUGGACAGGCACCACCAGGCCAGCAGGAGACAGUCGGCUUCUGCUCUCAGAUUGGGGUGUUUUGUCGGCUCGGGGGGAGAAGUGGCUGCAACAUGUUGCUUGGUGACGAUGCAGAGGAUGUUUUUUCACACACACUACUAUACAGCAUAAACUAUCCCAGCUUGCAUGACAACAACAUCUUGAGGAGGGUCUUGGUGAGCGAGGUGCUGUAUUGGGCAGAAAAACUGAAGAGCAGAUGGAUGGAGGAGAAGGCCGUUGAGAGGAAUAGUGGUGCUUAUACGCUGCGUCAAACUGAGGAAGGAGAGGAAUGUCUGUCAGAGCGAUGCAUGGAGCUGGAGGAGAAGCAGACAGCAUGUGGAGCAGAGAUGAGAAAUCCAGUUGAAAUGUGUGGGAAAGUCGUGUCAGAGGAUCAGGAGGAAGAGGAUGAAGAAGUAUUAAGACGACAAGAUUCUUGCACAUUGAACAGGUGUGUGUCUGUACCUCUGGCUGCGUUGUGGUCCUGCUGUCCCAGAGUCAGUGCCCUGAGUGGGAGUCUCAGUAACCUCAGGCAUCUACUGAUGGAUGACCCUGAAGUUCAGCUGAGCCAAGAUGGUGCUGCUGUGCUUGUAAAUUACCAGGAACAAGAGCUUGAAGAAGAGGAGGCUCAUGAUGAUUUGGAGGACAGCGGGUAUGCAGAGGCCAGGCAGAGCUCCCACACUGCAGAACAAGAAGAGAACUGGGACACAAAUAUUUGAUCUGGAGGAUGCAGCUUUGUUUUCAGGACAAAUGUGGUGUGUGCAUACCUGAAAGUUUGGACUGUUGGCUGGCGUAGCUGGAUGUCCGGGAGUGACCACAGCCCCCCAG